AUGCUCUUAUUAUAUUUACUAAUAGUUAUUGCUAAGACUUAAAUAAAUUUAGUUUGGUAGAUAUAUGAUCCAUAGAGUGGAUUAACAUCAUCAGAUUAAUUAAUAACCUUUGGAUAAUAUAAUAAAGAAAUAAGGGUUUGGCCUUCAGAUGGAAGUGUAUUUAAGAGUGAGUUUUAAUUAUCUGGUAAUUUACCUAUGAAUCCUUAAUUUCCAAAAGCAAAGAUUAAUAGUAAAUAUAUGAGUUUUUAUGUUGGUAUUACUGAGAAUAGUGGGGCUACUCUGACUUUAAUUAAAAGUGCUAAUAAAGAUUAUUAGUUCUUAUAGAAUGUAAUAUCUUUUAUUCCAUCAACGAAAUAAUGUAUAAUAACACCUUCUGUAGAUUUUAAUACAAUUCCAUUUGGAGGAAAAAGAUAGAUUACUUUAGAUUUUCUUAAUUGUAUACCAAUAACAGGUUUAUAAAUAAAAAUGUUAUAUUAAACAAUUAGUAAAACAAUUAUUCAAAAAAAUCGUGAAAGAUUUGCUGAAAUAGAAAUAUCAGCAUUAAAUGCAGCUAUAGAUACUUCAAUAUCUAUAUCAUUUUAAGUGAAUUCAACAUAUUAUCUAAUUAGUACUUUAAAUUUGAAAGUAGUUACAAAUUAAUAAUCUCUACCUAUUUCUACAAUAGUUAAUAAGAAUAGUGGGACUUGUACUGGAGCUACAGGUAUUUUUACUUUUAAUUGUGGGAAACAAUCAAUGCUUUAUUAUAGUUAUUCAUAUUAAAAUUAAGCAAUAGAUUUUAAUAAGAUAAAAGAAUAAUUACUUUUAAGAAGAUAAGGAAAACAAUAUACUGAUGUUAAUACAUAUGAAGGAUAUGGAGUAAGUUUUAUACCAGAUAACAUUAAUAAAGAUAUAACUUUAGUUGGAUUAAGAAGUAAUACUGUUUAUACUAUUUUUGCGGUUUGUGAAGAUGAAAUUUAUUAGUAAUAAUAAUCAACUAUAUCUUUUAAUCGAUGUGAUAGCUUAUAAACUAUUAAAAAAAUUACAAUUUAAUCUUAUUAAAUGUUUUAGAUUACAAAUUUAAGAGAUAUUGUUUGUGAUCUCAUGAUUUAAUUGUCUUUAAAAUAAAAUUAAGUUAGUUCUGCAGAUGGAUUAUUUUGUAAUAAUGUUGCAUAAUCAAAAAUUAAUGGAAAUAGAUAAUAUUAUGUUCCUGAUGUUAAUUAAUCAUAAAUUAAUUCUUAUAUAUUCUUUUUAUAUCCAGAUUAUGCUACUACUUAUGAUUUUAAUAUUAAUAGUCUCUCUAUUUCUCAAUAUUAAGUUUAAAAAUUAACUAUAGAGAAAAUUACUCCGAAUUUUCCUAUUAUAAGUUAGGAAUUUUUUAUUGCGGAUGAAAAUUAAAUGAAUUUCACUAUUAAACUUAAAACAGAUGGAUUUAUUACUAUUGGAUUAGAUUUAAUGUAAAACACAUUACCUAAUUUAUAAUAAUUUUCAAAUGGAUUAAAUUAUCUUAAUAAUCCUUUUAUAAAAUUUAAUUAAAAAUUCUUAAGUGCUAAAUAACAAUAUUCAUUUUAAUUUAGAUUAAGUGACAAGAAUAAUUAUUAAUUAAUAUAUUAACUUAAAUCAGUGCCAUCAGAUGGGGCUUUAUAUUCUCCUUUAUAUGUAAGGAAAUUAAGUUUGUUACAAAUGUAAGAACUUUAGAACUUUAUUAUUAUAUGUUUGAGUUUUAUAAUGUUGUUUUAUCUUUGA